ACUGCAGCUAAAGCUGUGAGCUAAAGCUAACAAAACUGUACUCCUCGCCGUGAAAACUAAACUAUUUGUUUUAAUGUGUCGACAUUGGUGUUGUUGGUGAAGAGUUUGUCUUUCAAACUUCUGUUUUAAGAAAACAGGUUGACUCUCCUGGGGAACGUGAUCACUCUGUGUGUGCGUGUGUGUGAGUGAGUCAGUGAGUGAGUGAGUGAGUGUGAGUGUGUGUGUGUGUGUGUGUGUGUGUGUGUGUGUCACCUUCGCUGUGGUCCUCAGUCCUCUCCUCAGUCUCUCUGGGUGUGGAUGAUACUGGCUCUGUGCCAGUCCUCUGUAGAUGAAGAUGUCCCUGGCCCAGCGAGUGCUCCUUUCCUGGAUCUUUGCCCUAAUCUUCCUCAUCAUGCUGGUCCUCAAAUUGGACUCCAAGAUCCACUGGAAUUGGUUCCUCAUCUUCCUCCCUGUCUGGACCUUUGACACCAUCCUAAUCCUCAUGCUGAUAGUGAAGAUGGCAGGGCGCUGCAAGCCAGACUUUGACCCCAGGGAUGGCGAGCAGAGCCUAAAGAGGAGGCUGUGGUAUCUGACAGCCCUGCUGCUGAAGCUGGCCUUCUGUCUGACACUGUGCUCCCGCCUGGAGAGGUUCACCAACAUGUGGGUCAGCGUGGUGUGUGUCCCUCUGUGGGUGCUGCUGGGUGGGGCGCUGGUGGAGCUGGGACACAGUGUUUUCCACUACAGGAGGGACUGAACCGGAAAGGGACAAAUCAGGACAAAGACUUUUUAUACUGAAGCAUCUCUAGCUAUGAAUUCACCGAUCUGAUCCACUGGAUUGGUAUCAGAAAUGACACUGACCUUAUUAAGCAGACUGUGUAUCAGCCAUACAUGACUGAUCCACAUUAAACACUGUUUCUUUGUCGAUGUCAUUAUGAAAUUCACCUUUUCUGCUAUAAGCUUCAUAAGGUUGCCAACAAAGCAGGCCCCAGUGAGUUCUACACAGUGUAGGAAACAGGUUUUAAAUAUGAGAAAUGAGCAGUACAUUGUUUUGGCAUUCACAUUAUUGCCUUCUGGCUUGAUUUUGGGUAACAGUAGAAAAAGAAAUGAUGACCAGUUUUACGCUUCAUUAAAUGUUGGUUUACAUUUCACCUCUUCACUUCUAUGGAGAGAGCACACACACACUGUGUGUACACACACAUGCGGUGUCCAAUGUGGUGUCUGUGUGACACUGACACUAGCAGUGUAUUUACAGUAUGAGAUCUGCACUAGCAUGCACACCAUAUACCUGUUUGUGGAAUCACUGUUGCACAGUAUAUCACUAUUUGAGCAUUUCUGUAAUGCAGUAAGCAAUCUCACUUCUAUAUUUCUACUCAGUACCCAUCCCAGGAUGUCCCUCUGUUGACACAAUUUGAAUGUGAAUUCAGAACUUUCUUUAACUGAAUGGAUUAAAAAUGUCCUUUGCAAUGUGCAAAGACAAAUUUACAUGUUUAAAAAAAAAAAAAAAGUUACAUCCCUGUGAAUGAAAACUAUAUACAUAAUUAUCCUGAAUGAAAAGUCCAUGCUGUUCCCUAAAUCAACAGGGUUUAUCCUCUGAACUGUGGCAAUUUUAGGACAUCAGACUCACCUUGUUAAGCACAGCUCAACACUGUCAGAUUCAACUCAACAUUGUAAACUGUGCUUUGUCAUGCCUCAACAUCUGUUAAGCUUGAGCUGCACUUCAUUCUUUGGUAUUAAUUUGGCAGACACUUUUUUUCCAAUGACUUACAAUAAGUGCAACCUAUUUUCACUGUACUGUUUAGCUGUGGUUGGCCUGUUAUUAGUAAAACCUGUGCUUUACCUCUACGACAAGUCAAAAUAAUCUGAUGUGAAAGGCACAUUCCAACAUGACAUGCUACCAUGGCCAUUUUAACUUGCUUGCAGUCAGCAAGUGAACAGUGAUAUUUAGCACAUUAGUAAUCUAUAUUAGCAUCAGAUAUCUGGGAACAUCUACAGAUAUCUUGUCUUGGACUGAAGUGAUGGAGUGGUAAUCAAAGACAAGGCAAUCAAUCCUUCAGUGAUGGACCAACAUUGUCAUCUCUAAACCCAAGCUGCUGAAGUAGCUGAAAAGACAACUAUUGAAAGCUUGAUUGUAUGAAAUGCAGGAGAGACAUUAACAUCGACUAAGUCAAUAUUUUGAACCAUUUAUUGAGAGGUUCUGAUCAGAGUAUAAAUCACACUACCAAGUCUUAUCUUAGGAAAUAAAAUGUAUUUACAACAAAAUUUUCACAUACAUUGGUUUCAAAUAAAAACAGACAGUAAAUGAUAUAAAUAAGUUCUAUGGAAAAUAAAACUUGUCUUACAAAAAAUA